AUUUGUGCAAAUCUGCACUGAUUGAAUCACAUAGAUUGAGAGACUUUAGACGUUUGGGGGCAGUAUCAACCAUGGCAAACCAAGCACCAUAUGCACCAUCAGCAUGUAACCAUAACUGAUACUUUUUCUCGCACAGUUUCUGAUACAGUUUUGAACGCUGAUUCUGAAUUUGACAUUGGUUUUGGAUCAAAUUGUGAUCUUCGAACUCGUGAUCACAAAAUGCAGGAAACCUGCUCCACGACCAAUCUGGUCAAGCAUGACUCAAGUUAUCACUGGCUUUUAAGUUUGGAAAAUAUAUAGUUUUGUAGCUAUUGAUAGUGGCUCUCGAUUAGGAAAAACCCAAACUGGAUAGCUAUUAACAUUGCUGAGUUAUCAUCAAAACAUUGGUGCCUAUAUCUAUGAUAUAUCCAUAGGAUGUAUCUAUGAUCAUGACUUCGUUAGCUACAAGUAGAAAAUCAAUCUAAAACAACUUUUCCUAACCAAUUUUGCGAGCUGAGCACGAAUCUGAAGUUAGUUUUUGUGAUUUAUAAAGAAAUUGUAUUACUGUACGGCAUAGGGUCAAUGGUCACUAAGGGUAACCCAUAGUAUGGUUCAUACUAACUUGGCCCCCCAGCUUUUUUUGAUUCACAAUUUAAUGUCAAAAGAUGUGUCUUGACAAGAUCUAUGUCUGGUAAAAAAAUCAGUUUGGGAUCGCGUGUACCAUGUGAGAAAAGUCUAAAAUACCGCUAUUUUGAGAAAGGACCAUAUCACGAGUUUUGGACAGUUUUUGACCUACAGAGAAUUUUUUAUCCAAUAUAUUAGUUACUAAAAUAGAAUAGAAUUGUAGCCCAAACAGUUUUCUAUCAAAUGAGACGUUCACGAGCUCAAACGGUCAAGCCGUUCUUGAGAAAAUCUUAAAAUACUGAGCACACCCCCCCUGUUACAAAUUUUAUAGGGUGAAAAUCGACCCUUUAAACUUGUUUUUGCUGCCAUUUUUCAUAAGAACAACCAAAUGAUUUAAUAUUUUGGAUUUAACAAUGGUUUGACUAGACCUAUCACUAAAGAUAAUAAAAUCGAAAAAAAAUUUUUUUUUCCCGGACACGUAGGGUGGUCCUCUCAUGGAGGCUCUCUUAAAUAUAUUAUACCAUGUCAAACUCAAUUAUGUUCUCGUAAACCGAUAGAUGAUAUUAUUAUCGAACAAUAUCAAAAUAUGUCUAAAAUUGUAAAAGAUUGUUUGCAAGAUAAUGAUAUUUUCACUAGUGAUCCUAGAUCAAGACAUGCAUUUUUACAAUUAGAACGUAUUAUACAUGAUUUAUAUUCCAAACAAUUACCAAGAAACUUCUUAAGGCGUGCUCAUUCAGAAUAUAAAGUUGUUCGUAGUAUUCAACGUCUUCUACGUCAACGGCCAGAUAUUGUUAUACGUCGAACAGAUAAAACUGAAAAUUUACAUGCUGUACAAACUUUACUUCAUUAUCUGAUGACUGAAAAUGUGAUUACUAAAAAACAACGUAAUAGGUUGUUACCAAAUUUAAACAAGCUCGAAUUAGGUCAUUAUCAUGGUCUUCCUAAACCACAUAAACCUGGAACACCAUUACGACCUAUUAUUGCAUCAAUAAAUGCAUCAGCAACAUUAGUAUCAAAAUUUUUGAAUGAUCUUUUAGCACCUAUCUUUCUUCAAGUUGCUCGUAAAACAACAUUUAUUAAUGGUAUUGAUGUGGUUCGACAAUUAGAAAAAUAUGUUAGUGAUGGUUAUUAUGAAUCGACAACAAAAUUUAUUACAGCUGAUGUUACUGAUCUUUAUACAAUGAUACCAAGACAAGGUGCAUUAGAAGCAUUAGCUCGAUUUUGUCUUCAACAUUCGAAACAAGGUAAAAUUGGUACAUUUACAAUUGAUCAUAUUAUGAAAAUGGCUCGUCUAAUUUUGGAUACAAAUGCUUUUGUCUACAAUAAAAAAUAUUAUCGACAAAUUCGUGGUGGUGCUAUGGGUUCAGCACUUACACAGGUCUUAGCUAAUAUUUAUAUGUUCGAAUGGGAACAAAAUUUAAUUAAACAUCAAGACGAACGUAAUGAAAUUUAUGGAAGAUAUAUUGAUGAUAUAUUCAUGACAACAAAUGAAACAAUACAUGAAAUUAAAGAAGAACUGGAAGAAGCACAAAAUCGAGAUGUUAAUAUUAAAAUUAAUUAUAAGAUUGAUAUAUCAGUUGAUUUCCUCGAUGUUUGUAUUACCAAUGAAAAUAGCCAAUUAAAAACAAAAAUUUAUCAUAAACCAGCUGCUGAAUCAUAUACUUUACCGUAUAGAUCAACUCAUCCACGUCAUAUACAUCGUAAUAUACCAUAUGGUGCUUUUUUACGUGCUAUUCGUAUUUGUUCUAAUAUAAAUGAUUUUAAUACUGAACGUUGCCAUAUUGAUGUAUCCUUAUUAUUAAAUGGUUAUCCACCAAAUUAUAUUACAAAAUAA